AAGAAGCCGCCACCUAUCCCGUCGAAAAGCUUCGAGAUGACGAAAUUGUGGAUACAAAUGGUGCUGGAGAUGCAUUUGCUGGAGGCUUCAUGGGUGGCCUAGUCCUCGGAAAGUCCUUGGAGGAAUGUUGGGCCUCAAUACACUUGGCCUAA